AUGGCGAGUUCCACCCACCAUGAUCACUCCCUGACCGGCCAAUCCCUCAAGAAAGUUUCACUCGAUCGGCUAAUGCGAUUUGGUACUCCGCCGCUAUCUCCAUCGAAAUUAAUAGAGUCAGCCGAGUUGACGAGACAAGAAUUGAUCCAGCGGAUUCAACGAAGGGUCAACGCCCAUCUUAGUUUGCCAUAUCUUCCAGCAUCAAAUCCACACAUUAAACAGGUUAUGUCUAUCUAUCGUCGCUCAUUCGAAGAAAUCAAUUCAUUGCCACCAAUCAGGACUGUAGAGGAUAAUGCCGCGUUGCUUCAGGCCCUCGUAACGAUGGUUGAUGAUGCGACUGAUGUAAUCGGAAUGUUUGCUACCGGCUUCAAAGAAUCUAAGCGAUAUCUAUCGGAAGAGCAGAUCAGCUCAUUUUUAAACAGAGCGAUUCAAAGUCGCAUAUCGAUCAGAUUAAUUGCCGAGCAGCAUUUAUCGCUUUCUAAGGCCGAGCACUCGCCUAGUCCUAGCAGAACAGGCAUUGUGGACAAGAAAAUGAACCUCAAAAAAACACUGGAAAGCGUAUUACAAUUCGCUGCAGAGCUCUGUGAAGGAACCUUUGGAAUCGCUCCUGAAUGGAGGUUAUCGGGUGAAGUGGAAGCUGAAGUGUGCUUCGUGGAAAUGCAUGUCUCCUGGUACCGUGUUAACGUUUUUUCGACGCUUCUUAGUGCGCUUAGAGCAACUGUCGAGCAUCAUCGAGAAGUAACCAAAACAACUAAUCCACCGUUACCACCGAUUGAAGUCGCCGUUGCUGUUGAAAGACCUCCUCGAGUGACAGUGAACUCGAAGGAAACUACCGAUCGAUCCUUGUCGGAUGCUGAAAUAUCUAAAUCGAUUCUAUGCAUCCGGAUACGUGACCAUGGCGGUGGGAUUGACCCACAGGAUCUUCCUCGUGUGUUUUCUUACGCGUUUAGCACGGUGGGAUCGGAAGACAACGCCAAAGACGGUAUGCACAAUCAGGCUGAUUUUGAUCGGAUCUCGUAUGGUCAAGAGGAGUUGAAGUCAAGCUUAGGUCGAAUUGCUGGAUUGGGAUUCGGGUUGCCGAUGGCAAGACUGUAUUGUCGUUACUUUGGCGGGAAUCUAGAGUUAGUCAAUAUGCAUGGGGUCGGUGGUGGUGUUGAUAGCUAUAUCACAAUUGGAGUCGGAACUUGA